AGUUGGGCCGCGGCCUCCGGGCUCCUGUCGGAAGCUGGGCGCCAGCGCCGCGGUUCUUCGCAGACGCAGCCGGUUUUGGGGUUCGGGCUGCGCGGCGGCCACGGGGUGUUCCGAGGAGCUCGCGAACACGUCUGCGGGCCACAAUGUCGCACCCGUCUCCCCAGGCUAAGCCGUCCAACCCCAGUAACCCCCGAGUCUUCUUGGACGUGGACGUCGGAGGGGAGCGAGUUGGUCGAAUUGUCUUGGAAUUGUUUGCAGAUAUUGUACCCAAAACUGCAGAAAAUUUUCGUGCAUUGUGUACAGGAGAAAAAGGCAUUGGACCCACCACUGGGAAACCUCUACAUUUCAAAGGAUGUCCUUUCCAUAGAAUUAUUAAGAAAUUUAUGAUUCAGGGUGGAGACUUCUCAAAUCAGAAUGGGACAGGUGGAGAAAGUAUUUAUGGUGAAAAAUUUGAAGAUGAAAAUUUCCAUUAUAAGCAUGAUAAGGAGGGAUUACUGAGCAUGGCAAAUGCAGGCCGCAACACAAACGGCUCUCAGUUCUUCAUCACGAUGGUUCCGACUCCUCACUUGGAUGGCAAACACGUGGUGUUUGGCCAAGUGAUUAAAGGAAUGGGUGUGGCAAGGAUUCUGGAGAAUGUGGAGGUGAAAGGUGAACAACCUGCCAAAUUGUGCGUUACUGCAGACUGCGGAGAACUGAAGGGAGGGGAUGAUUGGGGAAUAUUCCCCAAGGAUGGAUCUGGUGACAGUCAUCCAGACUUCCCCGAGGAUGCAGACAUAGAUGUAAAAGAUGUAGAUAAAAUUUUAUUAAUAACGGAAGACUUAAAAAACAUUGGAAAUACUUUUUUCAAAUCCCAGAACUGGGAGAUGGCCAUUAAAAAAUACACAAAAGUUUUAAGGUAUGUGGAAGGCUCGAAGGCUGCUACUGAGAACGCAGGCAGAGCAAAGCUGCAGCCUGUCACUUUGAGCUGCCUGCUGAAUAUCGGAGCUUGCAAACUGAAGCUGUCCGAUUGGCAGGGAGCAGUCGACAGCUGUUUGGAGGCCCUUGAAAUAGAUCCGGCAAAUACCAAAGCACUGUACCGUAGAGCCCAAGGAUGGCAAGGACUAAAAGAAUACGACCAAGCAUUGGCUGAUCUUAAGAAAGCUCAGGAGAUAGCACCAGAGGAUAAAGAUACUGCAGAGCGCCUGUUCCAGGCCAGACUCCAGGCGUGCUGGAGAAAGCACAAGUCAGGGUCCUGCCUUCAGCUUACACUGCAGCCACUGUCCACGUGUCUGAAGACUGUGUGCUCUGCUGUCCUGUAAUUCUAGAUGGAAGAGCAGCGUUAGAAGACAUAGUAUUUAGGGCGAAUUUAGUGUUUGGGACCAUUUCUUAAGCUGAACGUGGCCAUUACCUAAGUAUUCUAGCUACUGAAUAUGUUUUAGGAAAGUUUUGGAAAGCUGUGACAAAAAUAAGCCUGUUUUUCAAAUAAACCAAGUACACAUGGUGAUUCUAGGUCUAGAUGUGGACAUAGGUCUUUGGGGAGGCACUUCAGUGGGGUCCCCCUCUGAUGGAAGGGAGAAGGCGUAUCUGUGUGUAAUUCAGUUAGUUCUCUCAGUGG